GCACCCAGGUCGCGCCGCGACCCGCCCUCCACUGCGACCCCGGCCCCGCGCCCGCCUCCCGCCGCCGCGGCCGCCCUGGCCUGACCUGACCGGGAAGCAGUUCCGGCGGCGGCCGGCGGCCGGCGUGACUCAUCGGCCGGCCCGCGUCCCCGGAUCGCGCCAUCUCGGCGGCGGCCCGCGCGGCAGACUGCGCCGCGGAGACCCAGGUACGCGCCCGCCGCCCGGCCCGGCUCCGCCGCAGGCCGCAGAACAAGUCCAGCCUCCUGUGCAGUGCGCCCGGCCCGGUGGGGUCCGCGAUAAAGGAGCCGACCCGGAAUCGGGGGUCCCCGAGGCCUGCACCACCUGCCUGGCCGCGGGCGCUCACCUCCGGCUGGAUCCAUCCGCCCUGCCUUCACUCCGGGUCCGGAACCCCACCUGUCCCCGCAUUCCUGUCUGGGUUUACCCAGUUCUAGCAUCACAGGACCUCAGGUGCCGGCUUACCCAAACCAGGGCCCUUCCCCGCCCAUCCAGGUUGGGCCUCUGCCAACAUGGUCCAACCCCAGACGUCAAAAGCCGAGACCCCAGCCCCUGCAGCCGCCACCAGUGCCCAAAUGGAUGACGUCAUAGACACCCUGACCUCCCUGCGCCUCACCAAUUCGGCGCUGAGGCGGGAGGCCUCCACGCUGCGGGCGGAGAAGGCGAACCUCACCAACAUGCUGGAGAGCGUGAUGGCGGAGCUGACCUUGUUACGCACCAGGGCUCGGAUCCCGGGGGCGCUGCAGAUCACCCCACCCAUCUCAGCCAUGACCUCCAACGGGACCCGACCCAUGACCACGCCGCCCACCUCUCUGCCCGAGCCUUUCUCGGGAGACCCGGGCCAGCUCGCGGGGUUCCUGAUGCAGAUGGACAGGUUCAUGAUCUUCCAGGCCUCCCGCUUCCCGGGCGAAGCCGAGCGGGUGGCGUUCCUCGUGUCGCGGCUGACGGGGGAGGCGGAGAAGUGGGCCAUCCCCCACAUGCAACCCGACAGCCCGCUGCGGAACAACUACCAGGGCUUCCUGGCGGAGCUGCGGAGAACCUACAAGUCUCCGCUGCGGCACGCGCGGCGCGCGCAGAUCCGGAAGACUUCCGCCUCCAACCGGGCGGUGCGGGAGCGGCAGGUGCUGUGCCGCCAGCUGGCCGCCGCGGGCCCGGGCCCCUGCCCUGUGCACCCCGCCUCCAGUGGGACUAGUCCAGCGCCGGCCCUGCCCACCCGAGCUCGGAACCUUUAAGAGCCGCCACCAUCCUGGUUGCAUCGGCAAACGCACUCGGGAGCAGCGCCCUUUGCGCGCAGAAGUGACCCUGCAGCAGUACCGUUCUUUAGAAGACCCCCUGCCUGCCCUCCAGACGGCCCCUCUUCACCCCCUGGGGCGCCCGGGCUCCCCUCCCUUCCUCGUGUGUGUGCUAGCUGUGUCCCCGCCUCGGUGCAUGCUCCCCCUCAUGCUUGAAAGCCAGCUCCUCCGUGACCACAGCUCAGCUACUGCCACAGGCCUCCACUCAUGCUCCCGCCCGCCGACCCCCCCAGCCCGACGCGCACAGAUGCUCUGCGGCUCCCCGCCUGGCGGCCUGUUCUCACCGGCAGAGGCACUUUGGCCAGGCUGGUGGGGACCUGGACCCGGGAGCCUGGCCUCCCACCCAUGAGUGACCGCUGCCCUGCCAGGGCCAGUGGAGCAGGCAGGGGUGUCCUUGGCGGCCGAGAGGUCACUGCUGGGAGUGUGGCUCCAGCACUUUGGGGCACGCUUCACUUUGCACUAGCCUCGCAGUCUGUGCCCCCAUUGCCGCUCGGAUGGCCCGGAAACGCAGGCGGAGGGAGACACCUGGAGGAUGCCCGCCACGAGGGCCUGGCGCAGCGGCGUGUUCUGGCGGCACCGGACUCCCGGGCCUGGAAGCUGCCGGCGGAAGAAGGAGACUGACUGGGACCGCUGGGCAGCUCCCUCGGCUGUCGCGUGCGCGGCACGUGGUGCCCAAGACCCUCUGCCGGCUGGGGGCUGGCCGCCGGGGCGCAUUGCGCCGCCCUGGACCUCCAGUGGAAUCGCCGCAGCCGCUGGCGCAGUCACCCCUCCUCCGUCCCGCGUCACGUGGUCCCUUCUCCACUCAGGUGACAAGUGGCCUUCCGCUCAGCCCCUCAGCACCUCCAGGGCUCAGAGCCCCCCAGGCCUGGCUGUCCGUCAGCUGCCCAGUCUUUGUCCAAGAAAACAUGGACGCCUAGCUGGGCCGCCUUCCUCUGGGAGCAUCUGGGAGCACUGCAGGAAGGGGCCUUGGCCCUGGUGACCCGGCCAGGCCUCGGACUACCCCGUCCUCACUGACGGGCGGCUGGCACUCAUGUCGCAGGCCUGAGGGACACAGCCGCGCCUCAGCGGGGGACGGCCUCGCGCUUCCUCACGGGCGCCCCGAAGUCACUGGCCAAAUGGCGCUUGCCCAGGUCCUUUGGGUGGGGAUGCUCCGCCAUGUUUGGACGCCAGCCAAACUCCAUUGACAUUCACACGGCCGCCUGGACCGUGGGGGGCCAGGGGGUGUCUUACCCUGGCUUCCUCCGCCCCUGCUCUGGCCUGGCUGCACCACCCAGAGACAGGUGACGGGACACCCAGGCUGGGCCCUGGGCCCAUCCGACUUCCUGAGAGUUUCGGUGAUGCGGGGACAGUGCCCGCGCCUGACGCAGCCCCGCCUGGCAGCCAGGGGUGUGCAGUGGCUGCUGCUGUCCGGGGGUCACUGCCUCCACUGUGACCCCGUUAGCCCGCUGCCCCGCUUCACAACGGCCUGCACGCAGGCCACAGGCCCCUGCGUCCCACCGCGGCUCAGGGGACAUGGUGCUCACUAAGCAUGCUGGGGGGCCACAGAGGAGCCCCGAUUCCGGGGGCGGCACCUCUGAGGGUGUGCCCGUCACUUCUCAGUGCUCAGCUUUCUCUGCCUAUCUGCCAGGUACAGGUGGCCACAGAUGAGGGGGUACAGUGGCACCUGGGCAAAGCACGCCCGCAGGGGGUAACUCACCUUGAAGGUUCCUGUGUGCCCGGCCCAGCCAGGGUAGGAGACCAGCAGGGGAGCAGGCGGGACUCUGUCUCAGCAGCCCCUGGGGCCACCCGAGUGGUUUGUAGACAUCCUGUUGGCAGGCUGUAGAAGGCCUGUCAGUCACACUGCUCACAGCAGGACGAGCCCCUGGGCAGGGCUGGCCACGCGGGCCGCCCCCAGCCGUCACCUGGCCCUUUGUCCGUGGGGCGUGCCCAGCCCGGCUGCCGCUCGGCCUCACCGGGCCGUGGUUCCGCUGCGUUUCGUCUCGGUGCUUGGGCGGUGCGGCCGCACAUCCGUGACCCUGACUGCUUCCUGCAGCUGUGGGAACGAGCAGGUGCGGGAGCUGGGGUCACCCCACACUGGACUCGGAAGCAACCACACGGAGCCCACUGGCUCUAGAGGGAGACACCCCGUCCCCAGCAAGAGGAGGGGACCCAGGGCUGGGCCAUGGCGGCCGGCAGGUCAGGCCGGAGGAAGUGGGGGGGAAGCCGCUGUGUACACGCUGUGGGUUAGACUAAGUUGAAGGACUGCAUUGGUUUGUUGAAGGGCCCGGCAGCUGCGUUCAUGCACGUGAGGAGCCGUCUCAUGGGGGGGCCGGGCUCUGCUCUGACUGCUCUGGUCUCCACGAGCCCCUAGGGAGAGAGCUUCGUUUCCUGCCGGCAUCCUCCAGGCGGGACUCAGAUGAGGGUGGCCUCCUGGCCUCAUACAUGGCGUGACCUUGGAGUGAAAGUCCUGCAGCAUUUCAUGGCGUCCAGGAGGAGCAGAGGCCGCCUCGGCGCCAGGCGAGCAGGGGUGAGGGAGCAGGAGGAGGGCAGGUAGGACUCCUGGUGCGCACGCCCGGACGGGGGCAGACCGCCCAUGGGUGACCGGGACCCUGGCAGCCCACGGAGAGCGGCCUGCAGGGAGGGUUGGCACAUCCCGGGGGCAGGCCCUGGGGUGGUGGGAGGGACGCGUGCCGGGGCCACCGGCCGUGAGCGGAGCUUAGGGGGAGAGCUCCUCGCAGGCGCCUUCCACCUGCAGCCGCGGGUCUCGGAGCCUGUCGCUUCUGCUGGGCAAGCGCCAGCUCAGAAGCUGAGAGACGGCGACAUGAGGAGGAGCCGGGCGCCCGGAAGAGAGAGAGGAGGAGGCUGGGGUUCAGGGCAGGCCCUCACCGAGCAGCUGCCGUCUCCCCGUGGUGGCGGUUGGCACGGCACAGGUGCAGUAGGGACGGGGGCACCCAGCUCCUCACUUUCAGUCGCCGACUCCUUUCCAUAAGCAAGUGACCUGCCAGGUCUCGGCACACGCACGUUCUGGGGACUUGGGAAGAUGAGGGAGGAGAGGAAGGUGAAGUUGGGCCAUUUUGGUAUUUGUCCGGCCCCCUGCCAUGUGUGUACCACCUUUGCUUUGAGCUGGCGGUGCCGCGCCAUCGGGGGGAUGGGCAGGGGCCGGCGGUCACCGCGGUGACUCACUGCUCACUUAGAAAUGGACGCGGACCUCGUGCAUCCGCUGUCCCCAGCGGACGGUCCUUCCUUAGGCAGCUGCCCAGUGUGGGGUGACCCCAGCUCCCGCACC